AGUAAUUUCUCUCUCCCUUUAAGCAGAGAAAUGAAAGGAAGUCAGUUUCUGGCAGCUCUGGGGUUUAGCAGAUUUACAUACAGUUAAAUUUGAUCCUACAUGUAAAAGUCUCUGAAGUUUUAAAGAUUAGACAUUAUAUUUUUUACAGAACGAAGUAGGGAAUUUGCUUUAUCCUAGACACCACGUAAGGAAUUUCCUUUGGGAAACAAGGAAAUGAGCAUUGCCACACACUUUGGAUCCUGCUCCAAUAUGAGAUUCUGUUCCAGAAUAUCUCCUGGAUCAGUUCGUCCUGUUUUGGUUCUGUUUUUAGUCAAACAGGUCAUAGCCUCUCUGCUGCUGAAAACAACAACUAACUGGUUUAACUAUAAAAAAGAAUGCUUGAAAAUGUUACAAGAAACGACAGUAGAAACUGGAAUAUAUUGUAAUGGGACAUUUGAUCAGUUUGUUUGCUGGCCUAAUUCACCUCCAGGAAAUAUAUCUGUUCCUUGUCCUUCAUAUUUGCCAUGGCUGGAAAAUGGAAGUGCAGGAAAUGUAUACAGAGUCUGCUUAGACCAUGGAAUUUGGCAAAAAACAGAAAACUCAACACAUAUUUGGCGGGAUAAUUCUGAAUGUUUUGAGAAGAAUUACUUCAAACAAAAAGAAGAAGAACACAUGUUACUAUCCUCACUACAGCUAUUGUACACUGUAGGACAUUACUUUUCCCUCAUCUCCCUCAUAUUAGCUCUACUUAUACUUCUUCUGCUCAGAAAACUUCAUUGCACUAGAAACUACAUCCAUAUGAAUUUAUUUGCUUCAUUUAUAUUGCGAGCCAUAGCUAUUCUUAUUAAAGAUGCCAUUUUCUACAACACCUAUUCAAAAACACCUAAUAAUGAAACUGGAUGGCUAUCCUACUUCAGUUCUGAGAUUUCAACCGUUUGCAGGACGGCACAGUUUUUCAUGCAUUAUUUUGUUGGUACAAAUUAUUUUUGGCUUUUGGUAGAAGGAAUUUAUCUCUACACAUUAUUGGUGACUGCAGUACUCCCCGAUAAACAACUACUAAAGACAUAUACUGUGAUUGGAUGGGUUGUUCCAGUUCUCUUUGUGGCCCCCUGGGGAAUAAGUAAAUCAAAGUUAGAGGAUACAGGGUGCUGGGGAAUAAAUGAACACAUGGGAAUCUGGUGGAUCAUCCGAGGACCAGUGUUGUUUUCCAUUUCAGUUAAUUUCUGCAUCUUUCUAAAAAUUCUGAAGUUGUUAAUUUCCAAACUCAAAGCCCAGCAAAUGAGCUUUCAUGAUUACAAGUACAGAUUGGCAAGGUCUACUCUUGUGUUGAUACCAUUGCUGGGAAUCCAUGAAGUUGUCUUUACAUUUAUCGCAGAUGAACAAGUAGAAGGAUUUUCAAGACACAUAAGAGUCUUCAUUCAAUUAACAAUGAGCUCCUUUCAUGGGUUCCUUGUAGCAGUUUUAUAUUGCUUUGCUAAUGGAGAGGUGAAGGCAGAACUGCAGAAGCAAUGGUCUCGUUUCCUGCUAGCUGAUCCUUUUGGCUGUUGGCAAUGCUUCCUUGGGGAAAACAUCAAAUACCUAGGGAAAUAUUCAAAGAAGCCAAAGAAGCAGCACCAGGCCAGCAACCAGUUUUACCUAGAAAUAAGUGAACCCUGCAGUAUGCAGUUACAGCAGACGUUGGUAAAGAGGACAGCAGAUAUUAACCCAGAGCCAGGCCCUGCAGUCCACCGAAACCCCAGAUUUAGCAUGUCCGACAGCAGUGAAGGAGAAGUCACUAGUGGAGAGACAACCGAGGAAGUCUUUGAAGAAAGUGAGAUUUAGAAGGGUUUUUUUCUGUCAAAGGACAACAUAAUAUCUACAUCUUUAGAAGAUACCUCUUUCUGUUUUUACUAUGAAGUAAUAUUCAACUCUGUCUGGCCCCUUUCCCAAAAUAUUUCUUAAUUACAGGAGGGAUAUAUAAGCAGAGCAUUAGCACUCCUACAGACCUGGUGGUAAGAAGUAAAAAAAGCUUAAUUUCAGUCUACAUGAUGCUUAAAAGAAAAAGAGGGCUGUUGGUACUGGUGAAUCCACUCAUCAUGAGGAGCUAGCUAUAUUCUAGAUUGGGCACAUGGCAGAUUUACCAUAUCAUUCUUAUGGCUUUAUCUGCAUAUUUCUAUUAUGGUAAUCAUUUAAUGGAGAAGAGAAUUUUCUUUUGAUCCCAUAUAUAUAUCAUAACUAGCUUUGUGAAUGCGUUUUUUUGUUCACUGGACAAACCAAAAUUAAAAAAGAAGAUUCAGGUCAACUCAAAACAAAUAGUUUUGAUUUUUGGGAGAAACACAUAAUUAAAACAUUAUUUUAAGUCAAACAAAAUGUUUUGUUCAAAACAACAUGCAUGUUUUGGGUUUUAAGGCUUUUCAUACAAGCAUGGAAUCAUAUGGUUGAGAGAGACCUCAAGGGUCAUCUGGUAAAACAAAGCUAGUCUCAAACUCUCUGUAUCAAAUACUUAUCCAGGGUUCUACAGUUUUCCUGCGCUUUCUGUUUCACUGACUUAUUAUUCUAACACUAAGUAAAUUGAUCCUGGGAUCUAAUCUAGAUUUGACUUUGCUGCAAAUCAAAACCAUUGCCAUCUGCCCUGCUUUCAGCAGCAAGGAAGAACAAUUGUUCUCCCAUUUCUUUAAGUUAUCUGUCAAAUCUCCUUUUCUCCAAGCUAAAUAUACCUGUCUCAAUCUUUGCCCGUAUAGCUUGCCUUCCAACACCUUUAUCAUUUUGUUUUUCCUACUUCUGGACCCUUCUCCACAUCCUUAAAAUGUAGAGUCUAGAAGGUGUAGCACCCAACAUUUCUCUGUAGUAAACUUUAUUCUUUUGUCUUUAGUCCCACUCCAAUCUAACUUUUUGAAUUCUACUUCUACUCUCAAAGGAGUUUGUAAUUCUUCCCAUUUUCAUGUAAUCUGUAAAGCUGAUCAGGAAACUCCAUCAUUAAUACACAUGUUAAAUAGCACCAGGCACAGAACACUUCGGAGCCCAGCUCAAAACUUCCUGCUAUUCUGAUGUCAAUCAAUUAAUAAUUAGUCUUUACCUGUGAUUAUUGAGCCAGUUAGCUAUCCAUCUAUUUUUUUGGUAAUUAUAUUUAUUAAUUUUCAUAUUAUAACAAUAACAUAAAACCAACAAAAACGAUAAAAUAUAAACUAAUAAGUAAAAUAAAAUAAGCAAAUCCAAAGCAUUACAAAAUAGAUAAUUAAGCAUACCUUCUAUACAUUUAAUAGAGACUACGGGAAGGGGAGAGCUCGACGAGCUUGACAUUAUAUGCAACCAGCUAACAAAUAUACAUAUACACUUAAAGGACACCAAACCACAAGCAAAUCAACUUAUAAACUUAACAGAAGAUUCAUAUUGCACCAUAUUUCUUCAUAUUGAGCCUAGUUAUGCCUAUCUGCAUAUGCAAUCUAUUCUAUAAUGCAACAUGCACAAAUUCUUUUAACCAUUCCAAGAAUGAAAGAGGAUGGAGACGGUGGCAAAGACAGAACUAGAAGCAAUAGUUUCAAGUUGCAGAAAGGGAAGUUUAGGUUAGAUAUUAGGAAAAACUCCCACUAGAAGGGUAGUGAAGCACUGGAAUGGUUUACCUAGACAGGUGGUGGAGUCCCCAUCCUUCAAGGUUUUUAAGGCCUGGCUCAACAAAGCCCUGGCUGGAAUCAUUUAUUUGGGAAUGGUCCUGGUUUGAGCAGGGGGUUGGACUAGAUGACCUCCCGAGGUCCCUUCCAAACCUAAUUUUCUAUGAUUCUGUAAGGGAAGGUACACUGGGAGUUUUCCAUUUCCUUAAAAUUAACCAUUUAGUAACCAAAUAUAUUAUAGUUAGCCAUCUUUUCAUGGGCACAGACAAUAGUAAUGAAUCCAUAAUCCCCAAUAUGCAUAAAUCUGGUGAUGGCACCAUGUUAAUUUUAAGUAUUUUAGAAUGUGUUGCAUGCAUGCUAAGCCAAAAGCUAGUAAUUUUUGAACAAAAGAAUAAAACACGACUAAGAGAUCCAACCUGGUUUCCACAUCUCCAGCAAUAGCCAUCCAAGGUAGCCCUGUUUUAAAUAGGUUUUUCUGGGCCCCAGAAAGGCUAUUUAAGAUCUUGCUCUGAAAAAAAAUCCUAAAAGCAAUGAAUUAGAUGCUUUACGAAGUGAUUUCCAGAAACUACCCAAAUUCUCAACUGUUAACAAUUUCUGUAAAUUAGGGCUGUGCAAAGCUUUGGUCCCUGAUUCGAUUCGGCGGAGAUUUGGCCUUAUUCAGUGGCUGAAACUCCAAAUCUGAAUCAAAUCAGGAGACCGUUUAAUAUCUCCGAAUUGAAUUGGAACCCUCCGAAUUGAUUUGGAGAGAUUCAGAAAGAUUUGGCGAUUCGGACAUAGAUGCAGCUUAAAAUCUUUUUCUACAUACCGCAAGUUACCAGGCAGCUUGUGAAUGCUGUGAUACUGGGGCAGAUGGAGUGGCCCACAGGAACGCAGGGGGGGGAGGGGGGUCCCCCAGCGUGCUUGGCAGCAGACCCGGAAGUGGACCAGAAGCACUUCUGGUCCACUUCUGGGUCCACCAGGGAACGCGUGGAGGCCCAUAUUCCCUGGCUCAGUGACUGGUGCCUUCUGAGUCUGGGGGGGCACCUGCAACUGAUCACCAAGCCAGAGGGGCAUGGGGGAACCCCACAACACCCUUCCCGGUAGACCUGGAAGUAGAUCAGAAUUACUUCUGGUCCGCUUCCAGGUGUGCCGCUGAGCACAUGGGUGGGGGGAGAGGGGUGGCCCGCACUCCUGUGGACACUCCAUCUGCUCCAGCAUCACAGCAUUCAUGAGACAUUCUUGGUACCAUAAGGUAUGUAGAAAAAACAUUUAAAGCUGUGUCUAUGGCCAAAUACCUGAUUCUCUGAAUCCACAUUGAAUCUUCAGAUUUGGAUUCAGCUGAAUCUAAUCAGGGACAGUGAUCUGAAUCAACGAAUCAAAUUAUUGUCCCUGAUUUAGGCCGAAUCCAAAUUGAAUACAGCCCAUUUCGCAGACCCCUACUGUAAAUCCUUUUCCCAUUUACCUUUAACAUCAACUCUAAGAAAAACUCCUUCAUAGUCAGGGUGUCUAGAUUGUGGAACAAAUUCCCUCCAGAGGUGGUGCAACCACCUACCCUGGAAAUCUUCAAGAGGAGACUGGAUGGUCAACUUGCUGGGUUCACUUGCCUCCAGUUCUCUUUCCUGGCUAGUGCAGGGGGGCUGGACCCAACGAUCUUGCAAGUUCCCUUCUAGCCCCUAACAAUCUAUGAGUCCGCUGGAUAUAAUAUUUUAUUAAACCAUUUGUAUGUAUUACCAACAAAGUGAGAUUUAUCCCUAGAAUACAACACUUCUUUCCAAAUUUGUAUGUGAUAAAUUAUUCCAUAUAUUUCCAUAUGUCUUACUGAGCCAAGCACAAAAUUUUUUUCUAGAAUAUCUCCUGUUCAUGACAUAAAUGAACCAUCACAUAGUAAGUAAUAGCUGCAAGACUACCAUCCUUAAUGAUGGAAUUUAUUGCAGCUAUAUCCUCCCCUCCCCCCCAGAUAUCUGAGAUUCCUUUAUUAUCUUUAAACUUCAAUUGAGGGUGUCCCCACAAAGGAAUAAAGGGAGAUCUUGUUAAAUCUAAAGAUGGUAUGGCUUUGAUUUUCUGCAAUGCACUCCAUGAAGAGUUAAAUACAAUGUUUCAUUUCAGAGGUUUAGGUAAACUCUUAAGAUGUGGAAAUGAGUAUAAUAAUCCAAACUUGGAAGCUAACUUUUCUUCCCUUCUCAACCACAUAGGUUUGUCCCUUAAAAUAGUUUCAUACAUCCAAUAUUUAAAUACCCUCAUAUGAAAAGCCAUAUAAUAUAAAUAGAAAUCUGGGACAUCUACUCCACCAUUGCACCAUGCCCUUCUUGGUCUUUUAAAUUGCCAUAUGAAGGUAAAUAUAAUUUAAUUUCUAUGCUUAAAAACAGAUGCAGGUACUUUCAAGGGCAAUUAACUGAGUAUAUAGUUAAUGGUGGGACACACAUUCAUUUUGAUUAUUUCUGUUCUUCCUAUUAAUGAUAUAGAAAGUGUUUUCUAUCUUUCCACAUCUUUUUAAUAUUAGUUAAGAUUUUAAUCAAUAUUUUUUUGCACCAUAUUGUAAAAAAUAGAGCUUACCUGUAUGCCUAAACAGCUUAUUACCUUACAGUUCCUUAGCUGAGAAUGGAAACAUUUGGAUGGAUCUGCUCUUUGACACAUUCAUAUAAGAGGAUUUAUCCCAAUUGAUGUUAUGGCCUGGCCAAAUGAGUCUGUAAUGGGGCCCUUACCCCACUCCUAAAAUGGGAAGGAAGUGAGGCACUCCUGGCUCAUUCCACCUCCUUCACCUCCCCCCCACUUGACACUUUUUCCUCCCUUACCUUGCUGUGUGUUUACUGAUGUUUCCAUCCCCUGGUAAAGGUCCCUUCCCCAUCCCCUUGCUCUGCUUCAUCUCUGCUUUGUUACAACGUCCAGUAUAUUUGUUUUGUAGACCUUCUUCUUUUUAGAGUCAUGAAUGCCAUCAAGGUCAUGAUCACUCCCUUUCACAUUUCCAUUCACCUUCAGAUUCUCAGCCAUUUCUUAUUUGUCAGAACAAGAUCCACGAGACAAUCUCCUAGCCAUAGCCUCAGUUUUUUUGGAAUGGAAAGUUAUGCUACAUACAUGUUAAGACCUUAUUGGACAUUUGAUGUUUCACUGUUUUUGAAAGGCUGUUUCUGACCUUGUUAAUGUGUUUCUUAUAAAUUGAAGCAAAUUUAGUGUAGUAAUAUCUUUUUGAAAUAAAGUCAAACUUUUUCUUUUAAAAAUAUCAAA